UCUGAAUUCGGCCAACAAGUAUUUUUUUAAAAUCUUUAAACUAGAGGAAAUUGUUUGGCUUCUUUUUGAUGCCGGGCGCCGGUUCGAGCGGAGAGCGGCGGCGCGCAUGCGCUCCGGUGAUGGCGGCCGUGGCAGAGGUUCAGCACCGGCUGGAGCUGCUGCAUCUGACCGUCUUCUCCCUCAGCUUCUCACCUUGUGGUCGGUACCUGGCCGCUGGCAACAACUAUGGGCAGAUUGGAAUCUUCAGCCUCUCAGCCGCCCUGAGUAUAGAAGCAACAGAAGAAAAUCAGAAACCUAUCUUCAUAUUCCAAGCUCACGAAGGCCCUGUGUACAGCCUGGUCUCCACCAGCCGCCACCUGCUAAGCUCUGGAACAGGAGAUGUCAAGGCCUGGAACUGGAAUGACCUCAUCAAAAAGAGCUGCAAGGAGGUUUGGUGUCGACGUCCUGCAUUUGGGACACGUUUGGACAUCCCAGAGAUAAACAGCUUGAUUCUCAACCAAGAGGACAACAGUCUGCUAAUGGCCUGUGGUGACAACACUGUCUAUAUCAUGGACCUGGAGCACGGGGCCUUCACGCGCACAUUGAAGGGACACAGCGACUAUGUCCACUGCCUGACCCUGAGAGACCCCAACGAGUGCAUCUCCGGCAGCGAGGAUGGUUCAGUGAGACUUUGGGAUUUACGGAUUGCCAGCCAGGUGCAGAUGAUCGAGCCUCACAAGUAUGAGCAGUGCUCCAGACCCCAAUACGGCAAGUGGAUCGGCUGCCUGACCACCACCGACUCCGACUGGAUGGUGUGUGGUGGUGGGCCGGCACUGACACUGUGGCACCUUCGCUCCGUGACGCCAACCACAGUGUACCAGCUGCAGGGAUGCCAGCAACAGGUCACUCUCCAUCAGGACCUGAUCCUGGCAGCGGGGGAAGGAGGCCUCAUCAGCCACUGUCAGAUCACCGGGGAGGUGAAGAGCCAGGUGCCCUGCACUCCCCCCACCGUCUACUCCCUGUUGGUCAACGAGCAGUCUCUCGAGCACAAGGUCCUGGCUGCUGCUGGUAGCAGCAGCUCCAUCGACAUCUUCACCAACUUCGGAUACCGUGCCUUCUCGCUGAGGUUCUCCUGACCUGUGGUGGGGAGGCUGUGUGCUGGCUCGGAUCUUGGCUCCUUCACUCUCCUGCCCAUUCUCCGGGAUCUGCCUUGGACUACAGAGAUCCUCUCCAACCCCUCCCUCCCCUGCGGGACAGCUGAACCAGUCCCAUCGCCCUCCCAAGGGAACAGAGCUGCAGGAAUGCAGGAGCGGGCCGGCUCUCUCUUCCUGGACCAUUUUCUAAAUUUCCCCUUUGUUGAAGGAGUGUGAGGAGUGUCCUCUUCUGACCUCAGGAUCGGGAGUCUCCCGUUCCCAGUUCUCCAUCCGCAGUCUCGCACUCAGGGAAUCCCAUGGAUGGGAAUCUGUCUGAUCCUGAGGGGUGGGAAUCUCCCUUCCCUGGACACUACACAGACUGGAAUCUCCCUCUCCCAGAUGCCGAGGUGAGGGCACUAUGGAACCGUAUGCUUGAGCUCUCCAGUCUGGGAAUAAAAAUGUCAAUUUCUGUCA